ACUCUGAGCACGCUGCCAGUCUUUUUGUAUUGGACAAAUUUCUUCUCGAAACCCAAGAAAUGGGUUUCUUGCUACGUGUUCUGUUUCUCUCUCUGUUUCUCGCUCUGUUUGCCCACCGAACAAAAGCAAAGGACUUGGAUUCCUCCUUCGGUAAUGCAACCAACAUCAGACCCAGAGAGCUCGCAAGCGGUCGAUGCAAUUGGUUCCGCGGGAAAUGGGUUUACGACGCUUCGUAUCCUCUCUACAACCCUUAUUCCUGUCCUUUCAUAGAUCGCCAGUUCAACUGCCAGAAGCAUGGUCGCCCCGAUACUCAGUAUCAGAAAUACAGAUGGCAGCCAUUUUCUUGUCCGUUGCCAAGGUUCAAUGCUUUGAAUUUCUUGGAGAAAUACAGGGGGAAGAAAAUUAUGUUUGUGGGCGAUUCAUUGAGCUUGAACCAGUUCAAUUCUCUGGCUUGUAUGAUUCACUCUUGGGUACCAAACUCCAGGACCUCCACUGGACAGAAAGGCGUUCUCUCUUCGGUCACAUUCGAGGACUAUGGACUGAGUCUAUUUCUGUACAGAACGCCAUACUUGGUGGAUCUGGACAGGGAGAAAGAGGGAAGAGUGCUGAAGCUUGACUCCAUUAAAAGCGGUGACGCUUGGAGGGGCAUGGACGUCCUCGUCUUCAACACCUGGCACUGGUGGACUCACACCGGCUCCGCCCAACCGUUUGAUUAUAUUCAAGACCGACACAAGCUGUACAAAGACAUGAACCGCAUGAUCGCAUUCUACAAGGGGCUCACCACUUGGGCCAGAUGGGUCAACCUCAACGUCAAUCCUUCCCAAACAAAGGUCUUCUUCCUGGGGAUUUCACCAGUUCAUUACGAGGGGAGAUACUGGAACGAGCCGACAAGGUCGUGCAUGGAGGAGAAGCAACCAUUCUUCGGGUUGGAGUAUCCGGAGGGGACGCCGAUGGCGUGGGUGGUGGUGAACAAGGUGCUGGGGAGGGUGAAGAAGCCGGUGUAUUUUCUGGACGUCACGACGCUGUCUCAGUACAGGAAAGACGCCCACCCUGAAGCUUACAGUGGAGUCAUGCUGGCAGAUUGCAGCCACUGGUGUCUUCCGGGCCUCCCUGAUACCUGGAAUGUUCUUCUCCAUGCUACUCUCUUCGCCUGAUCUUUCUUUCCUCUUUCCUCGUUUCAGGAAAACCCAUUGUUUUCCAUUAUCCAUUCAUCUGCUCGUGGCUUUGUCCAAUAAAAUGGGAUUAGUGAUCGUCUAAUUUAUCAGAUUUAGAUUAUUUGCUUGUCUCUGGCUUCUCAACAUAUUUGGGAAUGACUUGCCUGAACUCUGUACAUGAACAAAAACUCAGGCUGCGACAAGAAAAAUUCAUCAUCAAGAAAGCAAGGCACGCGGUUCAAAUUCUGGGGAUGCAGUGCAAGAGUCGCCAAUAUCCUUAUUCCUUCCUAUGGAUCUAUCAUUUCUACUGUUUUUUUUUUUCCUUAGAAAAAAAAUAGGACUAUCAUUUGUGGUUCUGCUAUAUUUGUACGCUGUGAAAGUGAAACAACAAUGAUGAAGGUAUACUUUUGCAUUCAAAAUGCCAGUGACGAUGACGGGCAAGCUGUUUGUUUUCUCACACGUAGUCUUCUGAGCCUCCAUGGUCCAUCAUGUUUGGGCUUUCGAUUUGUCCAUUUGGUAAACUUCGAUUAUAGGCUUUGAUCCCAGGCCCUGGUGAGAUGGAAUUGCAAACUUUAAUA